AUGGUAGCAGACUUCGUUUGCAAUAACUUAGUCUGUCGGAUUGGAAUUCCAGAGUUAAUCAUAACGGAUGAUGGAACCAAUCUCAACAGUGACCUGAUGAGAGAGAUUUGUGAAAGGUUUAAGAUCUCUCAUCGAAACUCCAUAUCAUAUCGACCACAAAUGAAUGGAGCAGUUGAAGCUGCAAACAAGAAUAUCAAGAGAAUUCUGAGGAAGAUAGUGGACAGUAACAGGGAAUGGCAUGAGAAGCUACCAUAUGCUUUGCUUGGCUAUCGCACCACAAUCAGAACUUAUACUGGGGCAACUCCCUACAUGUUGGUUUACGGGUCCAAAGCAGUGAUACCUGCAGAGAUGGAGAUACCUUCAUUAAGAACAAUCCAAGAGGUUGGUCUAGACAAUGCUGAAUGGAUUCAUAGCAGGAUCGAGCAGUUGAUGCUCAUUGACGAGAAGAGAUUGGGACAGUUGGUAUUGAAAAAGAUAUUCCUACACCAAGAUGAAGCCAAAGGGAAAUUUGCACAAAAUUGGCAAGGUCCAUACAUAGUUCACCGAGUUCUUUCAGGAGGAGCAGUAGUACUUACAGAGAUGGACGGCACAGUGAGCAUGAAGUCGAUCAAUUUAGACGUCAUCAAGAAGUACUACGUUUGA